AUGGAGAGCUCGGUGAAGCUACUCUUCUCGGGCAACAACGCGGGCGAGAUACGUGGCGCCUCCAGCCUGCUGGCCUUCCUCACCUACACCAGCCUCAACAUCGGCCUGGCUGGGCUACCAGUGCCCGGCGGCGCCUUUACGGCCACCAUGUUGAUGGGCGGCCUCUUCGGCCGUUUCGUCGGCGCGGUGAUGACCUCCCUCCGCCUCUCCAGCACCGUCUCAGGUGUCUAUGCGGUGGUAGGAAGCGCGGCGAUGCUGUGCGGCUUCAAGCAAAUGACUCUGGCGUCCGUCUUAAUCGUGGUGGAGUGCGUCAACGACCUGAGCCUGGCGCCCAUCGUCAUGCUGGGCGUGGCCGUGUCGAUGGCGGUGAACUGGUCCAUGAACGAGCGGGGCCACGAUGAGGAGGUGAUCCAUCGGCGGCAGCUGCCGUUCCUGGAGCCGGAGCCACCGAAGGCUUUGGACCCCCUGGUGGCGCUGGAUUUGUGUGGUCCGCCAACGCUGGCUCUGCGACCUGAAGCACCGGUAUCUCAGGUGCUCACAGCCUUGGAGACCGGCGCUGAGUACAUCCCCGUGAGGGACGGGCUCGGCCCCUGCCUGGGCAUUUGCACGCGCCGGGCGCUGCGGAACUUGCUGGGCGCUCGCGAGGUGGCGCACCACGAGGGCGAGCAAGUGUUUCUCGACACCGAGCUCACGCAGUCGCUGCCGAUUCAUCGCGUCAUGGACCCCACGCCUUUCACCGUCACCGAGGACAUGCCCGCCCCAAGGCUCUACGCUUUGUUCGCCAAGGCUGGGGAGGUUGCUGCCUGCGUGACCUCCCUCCGCGGAGAGUUCCGGGGUAUCCUGUCACGGGACCAGCUCAUCGAAGCCGUGCAGCGCGGGUGA